CUUCAGCUCGCGCCUCCCACUAGCUAACUAGCCAAAGGGCUUCUUUUCGCCAUUAUAUAAUGAAAUGUCUUUGUUUUUUUAAACACAUAUAUUUUUAAGACGUGUAAGGAGUCAAUUUUGUAUAUAAAUGCAUCACCACUCGGACAUGUUCGCUUUUAUGAAGCUGAACUGAAGAGAUAGCAUCUAGCUCCGUUAGCUAAUGCGUACUGCUAACUGAAGAGAUAGCAGCUAGCUCCGUUAGCUAAUGUGUACUGCUAAGUUUUUUUUAUACUUCCGUUUGUUUUUAGCUCUCAGACGAAGCAGGACUGUCAUACUGGCUUAGGUUUUAUUUUUAUUUUUGUCUCAAUGGUUGAACUGGAUAUCGAAGCCCUGAGUGUACACAAUGGAUGAUGUUAUCUCCGUCAGUUCUGGAACUGAAGAAGACUCUGAUGUUGAGUUUGUCAGUAGAGAUGAUGACAGCUCCUGUCCGUUUAUUACAGCUGAACUGCUGCCUGUUACACCGGUUCUUAUCGAUAUCACAGAGAACCCGUUUUCACCAAACGGACCAAGACCUUCACACACACUAAAGAAACUGCAGUGUUCCACUAUAGAAAUCAUCGAUCUGAAUAAUUUGUCCGAAUCACGUGUCAGCUUUCCAUCCAAAUCGCGUGGGAAACGUCACCAGGCGGAGUACACCGUGGAUCUCGAGAAAGACGUGAUUUGUUUAAGCUCUGGUGAUGGGAAUGAUGGUCAGUCUCCUGUUCCUGUGUCACACGAUCAACAAAACUCUUAUACAAAGCAAUGCAACAGUGUUCGUUCGUGUUUACAAGGUAGCAACGCGCAAAGGUCAGUAAAUGUUUCUCCAUCUUCAAGUCUGAAAGACAUUUCUCUCUGUUUGGAGGCUUCAAAUGAAUUCCUGGAGUUUUUCAAAGUACAGGACACUAAUCGCACACAGCAAACGUCGGCGUCACCACCUGCUGAAAACAACCUCGACCAUGACGCAAGCUUUGACUCUUCACACAGUUGGCUGGACAAAACCCUCUCGCCCUUUAGCCUCGACAGUGCGUACUACUGCCCGAGCGAAAUCGACGCAGCUGUGUUUUCAGAUGAAUCCCUUAUUCUCAUCGACAAUGACCAGGACCAGAACUACACAUCGUGCAGCCUCGAUAAAACCGAAUUGCCAUUUGAGGUCGACAAAAGUAUGGCACCGCAGGAAAAAAACCCCACACAGACCUCAUCACCUCAUCCUCAGACUCAAAAGAACUCACAUCUCGACCCUCAGACGUUUCCUACCCCACACCGAGCUUCCCUUCCCACCAGUCCUACAUCUACAGAACUCCUUGCUGGCGAUUCUCCAGAAACAGGAUCUGAUCUGGACAUGGAGAGUCCAGUGAAUUACCCUUACACUCUAAGUCCACCGUCACAUGCGGUGUUAGGUAUUGAAGACUCCGCUUCAGUGUUACAGGAGAGCGGCAGCGAUGCCGACGCCGACACGGCAGAUCUCUCGGAACACCGUACGGACGACGGGCAGCAAAUUUCUCUGGUGCAGUUCAAAAAGCUGAAGUAUUUAUUAGGGGCACGAGAUCAGGAUACGUGCACUGCUGAUGAGGACAACAAAGACUUCGGUAUGGCCGAACCUCUGUGCAGGCAGAGCCUGAGUCUGGUCUACAGCACCAUCGAAGAGAACUACACCGAAGGCACGCUGCAGCUCCUCUCCGACUUAAUCCAACCUUGCUAUUACCCUCCUGCCGAUAUCACGGCUCACCUCCUGAAAGGAAUCCUGCUGGAGCCGUCGUGCACUCCGGUGCUGGCACUGGAAGCCUACAACCUGCUGAUGAGGACACAGAAAUACCAUCCUGCAGACAAAUUAACGAUCCCAUGGGACUGGGAGUUGUUAUCAUACAUCAUGGCUGAACAGGAAGAGGCAAGGAGGCUACGCGACGAAGUGCGCUGCCUGCUGCUUCAGUACGUGCUCCAGGUUUUGGAAGACGACUUCCAGUUCAAGCUCCCGAAGUUGCGGCUUCACCUCACGAUCGCUAAUGAAAUGCUUUCGUGUGAUCAUAGGUUCAGACAGGUCAGGGAGCUCAUAACCUGGCUAUUAGAUGUAGCUAAACAGUCCUUCUGUACGUCUGAGGAUGAAGAAAUGCAAAGAAGCGAGCGGAAUUGCUGUCUCAAGAUGCUGCUAAUUCUGCAGAGGAUGCUCUUAUUGGCCAUGGAGGUGGACCUCACACCCACCCGCAGCUCCACUAAGCUCUCUGAGGAGCUAUGUAACAACCUCAACAGCAUGGCACCGUGCAGAAGGCUCAGAUUUUUGUUGCUAAGCACCCUGCAGAGCAACCUGCUGAGGUGUAAGAUGGUGGAGAUGCUGCUAGAUCAGUCCUGCUCUCAGAAGCGAGUGUUGCCCAUGUCCUUCAAACUGCUGCUGCACUUCCUGCACACGUCCACGCUGGCACCAGAUCCGUCGGACGGCACAGAGAGAUGGAGAAGGUGGGAUGAGCUCCUGCAGCUCGUGUGGAUGCUCAUGCUCAGCUAUCAAGAAGUGAUAACAGGUCAUCUUCGCUACUCCAUUACGGAGCGGUUCAAGUUGACCCGUACUCCCAUAUGGACCCAGAACGACCGGGUGACUCGAGCCGCAGUCCAAGAAGCGGCCGAGGCGUUUCUGUCCCGCGCCGUCGAGGACCUCGGCCACGAUCUUCCCUCCCAAAUCCAAGAGUCAUUAUCCCAGCUUCAAGAACACUUACUGAGUAUCUCUCUGCAAUAAUGAAACCGAAUACAAUAGUAUUGUAAAUUGUAAUUACAAUAAAGAUUAUUUUUGUAUAAAAUGUAUCAGCAUAAUAUUUAAAGGUUUUAGAUUAAGUAUUCCUUCGAGGAUGCUUGCUGACUAUUUAAAUCGCUCAAUUGACUUAAAUGAGGUUGUUUUGUACAGAGAUCAAGUGAGUAAAAUUUUGUUGUAAAAA